AUGUUGCCUGACGCAGAAAUCUUAAAAGAGACUAAACUCAAUUUGAAGCUCUUUCAAUCCAGUGAGGAUCCUCAGUGGAUCGAGAAGAGAAUCGAUCAUAUACAAUCUACCUUGUCAGCGAAUGAAAGUCAAGCACGAUUGCUACAAGAUAGAAUUAUUGCAUAUUCAUUGAUCAUUGAUAAACAACAAAAGCAUUUGGCUGUUUUGAAGCAACCUGGCGUCAAGCAGUUUUGGUACAAACUUUCUGAUCGAUUGGAAUCUCAACUAAACAAAUAUGAAACAACACGGCUGAAGAAUCUUGAAAAAUGUAACAAAGCUGAACAAGAUUUGAUUACUAUCAAUCAUACAAUUCGCGUCGCUCGGAAACAGCUACAGAUUUUACAAAGUGCUUAUUAUCAAUUUACAACACCGAUAUUAGAAAAUGCUCUGACAACACAACGAAACAUAUCCUAA